UCUCUCUCUCUCUCUCUUUCAUUUUCUAAUAAAUAAAAAAACCUUAAAACUCUUCAUUAUUGUAACUAGAGAACUCUUGUAACUAUCUGAUUCUCGAAUCACUGGAGAAUAUACGAUGGGUUGUACGACCUCCAAGCUCGACGACCUACCUGCGGUUGCGCUUUGUCUCGACCGUUGCGGUUUCCUCCGAACCGCGAUUCAGCAGCGUUACGCUCUCGCCGACUCCCACCUCGCCCACACACAGUCCCUCCAAGGAGUCGCCCAGUCUCUUCACACCUUCAUCGAUCACCACCACCGCUUCGCCGGAGGAGACUCUCACGACCCGCCGGAAGAAGAUGACGACGAUUCACCCCAGCUUUCCGGGUCGGGUCAUAUCGAAUUCGAUUCGGACUCCGACGAGAUUGACUCCUUGCAUCACUCAUCUCCUCUCCAUGAGGAUCCGGAUUUUACCCGUUACCCGAAUCCGGAUCCUCCGUCUUCGUAUCUGCACAUGAACUACAUGAAGAAGAGUUCGAUGCCUCCUUCCGUCGUCUACGAGCAGAGACCUUCGAGUCCUCAGAGAGUUUACUUCGGCGAAUCGUCAGCCUCUAACUAUAAUAAUCCAUACCCGAGUUACGGACCUUCGAGGACGGAGGGUUGGGACUUGUUGAACCUUUUCGAUUACGCUCCGUACACUCUUACUCAGGAUGAUGAUUCGAGAGAGGUGAGGGAGGAAGAGGGUAUUCCCGAUUUGGAAGACGAUUUCCAUGGCGAGGUUGUCAAGGAAGUUCAUGGGAAGCAGAAACUCGUAGUUCCGGUUCCGGCUGUCUCCGCCUCCGCCGUGGACGACAAGGAAGAGCCGCCGGGGGAUGGUGGUGGUGGUGGUCAGGCUUCUCUGUUUCAGACUAGGCCGAGCGUGGCGGUUGAGAAAGAAGAGAAGGAGUACGAGGUUCAUGUUAAGAAAGUUGUUGAGAGUAGUGGUGGAGAGGAAGCGCGGAGGAGUGAUGCAGCGCCACGUGGCAGUGGUGUACGGCGUGGGGUGCCUGAGAUUGCGAAAGAGAUAGAAGCUCAGUUCUUGAGAGCUGCUGAGUCAGGAACUGAGAUUGCAGUGAUGCUUGAAGUCGGGAAACAACAUCCUAAUGCUCGCAAACAUGGAGCAGCUUCGUCAAAGAUGAUACAAGAAGUUACUCCACCGCCUUCUGUGGUCCCGUCGUCUCAACCAUCAACCUCCAAGAAAGCUAAAGCCUCUUCUUCGGCAGCGGCUGCACCUACUUACGCAGAUAUUGAGGCGGAGCUUGCAUUAAGGUCUCGUAAUCUGUCUUCCACAUUGCACAAGCUACACCUAUGGGAGAAGAAGCUCUACGAAGAAGUCAAGGCUGAGGAAAAACUGCGUUUAUUACACGAGAGAAAGUUAAGGAAGCUGAAGCGUAUGGAUGAAAGAGGUACCGAUGCUCCAAAAGUUGAUUUAACGCGUAGAUUCGUGAGAAGUUUGUCCACGAAGAUAAGGAUUGCCAUUCAAGUCGUUGACAAAAUAUCCGUUACAAUCAACAAGAUAAGAGACGAAGAGCUAUGGCUGCAACUGAAUCAGUUGAUCCAAGGGCUUAGCAGAAUGUGGAAAUCCAUGCUUGAUUGCCAUCAAAGUCAGUGUGAAGCUAUUAAGGAAGCCAGAGGUUUAGGCUCCAUUAGAGCGAGCAAAAAACUCCCUGAUGAUCAUCUCGAAGCUACAAGGGUGCUUGGGCAUGAACUUAUAAAUUGGAUUCUGAGAUUCUCAAGCUGGGUUAAUGCGCAAAAGUGUUUUGUAAGAGGAUUGAAUAGUUGGCUUAUGAAGUGUUUAAUCUACGAACCUGAGGAAACUCCUGAUGGGAUCGUUCCUUUUUCUCCGGGUCGUCUAGGUGCUCCAGUGAUUUUCGUCAUAUGUAACCAGUGGGAACAAGCUUUAGAUAGAAUAUCUGAGAAGGAAGUUGUUGAGGCCAUGCGCAGAUUCACAACCAGCGUGCUUCGUCUUUGGGAGCAAGAUAGGUUAGAAACGCUGGAGAGGAUGAUAGGGCAUGGUGGUGAGGAACAGAGAAUACAAAAAGAGAUUCAAGAACUGGAAAGCAAAAUGGUUCUGGUUGGUUCAGGCGAAGACCGAAGCGACACUAGUAACGAAAGUUUACAGGGUAGUCUUCGGCGUAUUUUUGAAGCUAUGGAGAGGUUUUCAGCGGAAUCUGUGAGGGCUUAUGAUGAUCUCUUGGAGCGUGCUGCUGAAAAAGAAAGCAGCUCUCAAGAAUCAGAGGAAGACUAACCAAAAAGAUGAUUGUAUGCCAUGGUUGCAUGAUCCACCUUGACUUGGCUCCGUGGAGGUCUGUAGACCGGAGCGCCAGACCUGAACUAUCUAUGGUUGUAAUUUAAUUCACCGGGAAGUUAACAUAUCGUCUUUCCCAGACUCCGGCCAGAACCGGUUACUAAGACAUGGGAUAAGAGAUGGGUCGAUGCUCGAGUGCUUGUGCUAGUUAAGAACUGGAUGGUUGGCUAUAUGCCAUGCUUGAUAACUUGCCACAGAUGAUUCUAGUUACAGAUGUGAAGGAGGGAUGUAUAGACUUCUUCUUCUGUGUUCAUAUUUCCUAACGGUUUCUUGAUAUGAUUAGUUGCACAUAUAGUAACAUAAAAUACUUUGAAAAUGUAUUGAGGGUUCUUUAAAAUCUGUACAAAAGAUCGCAAAAUACUAAUAUUGAUUCACGAAA